CGAAAAUGCCCGGCGGCCGUCCCCCUCUCUGCCUCGAUGAACACCGCGAGUUCAUUACCACCAGCAUCCAAGUCCUCGGCCUCACGCGCGAAGAAGUCGUCGAUGAACUCUCCAAAUCCCAUGGCUUAGCGGUCAGUCGCGGCACUCUCAGAAGAAGGCUGUUAGACUGGGGCAUUCGAACGCAGCGGGCGAACUUUUCCGACUCUCCGGCUCUGCGAGUGCGGUUACAGCAUUAUUUCCACAAUUCGGGCCUGACCGAUCUGGAAAUCUCUGAGACGUUGACGCGCGAUGAAGGCUUUGAUAUCAGCCCGAAGCGCGUAGCGAAAUGUCGGAAAGAAAUGGGCUUGUACAAGAGGGUAGAUGCGGACAAGAGGGGUGUGGCGGAGCGGACAGUGGAGGAGUUGUUAAAGAAGGAGUUGGAGGAGAAUGAGGCAGUUAGGGAACUGGGCCAGAAGGCGUUGUAUAAGCAUUUGAGGUCUAAAUACAAUGUGACGGGAAGAGACCGCAUUUUCACCAUUGCGAAGAGGCUUGAUCCCGAGGGCCCGGAGAGAAGAUCGAGGGCGCAGAGGAAGGGAGCGAGGAGGAGUGGAUUGAGAAAGGAGAGGGAGGCGAAAGCUGCGGAAGAGGAGGCGCGACGGCAGCAGCAGCAGCAGCCAGGCGGAGAGCAUCUGAUUGAACAACAACAGCAUGAACAAUCACGGCCAGAGUAUGUGCCUCUGGAUCCGACCAUGUACGACAGCAACUAUGGCGCUUACGGCCAGCAACCUGGUGUGCCAAACGGUGAUGCUGCAAUAACCAACCAUCUCCAUCCUCACCAUCGUGUGCCGCAGGAGGAACAUUCUCAAGUAGGCGAGGGGUCGACAAACUCACGAGGUCAGCUGCAGUGCUACUAUCCCUCCUCGAUCACGACUGGUGUGAAUCUAGAAGAGGAUUAUCACUAUGCUCGCGGUCUGACCGGAUGACCAGACAUGGACUGAACAUGGUUAACUGCUCAAUGAUGCAAGGGUUAGUUGAAAAGCUUACGGAAUAUCACGCAAAGCUGUCUUGAUCCUGUCGAGAAAUUCGUAGCAAAGGAAAGUGUUGUCGCGUAUCUCUGCUUGCAGCCUAGAGAUAGGUACCUUAUUUACGCCCCUAAACAGAAAUCAG